UCUAUUUUUAGAUAUUAUAUAUUACUAGGUUUGUCCGUUCUGUUUUUACCGGGAUCGGUUAUCUCGUGCUAGAGACUCAAUGUUCAGACUUGGAUAUUAAAAACUCGUCUUGACAAUUAAUAUUUCUUUAGAUUGGGGAAAGCUUUCGUACUGACUAUGAACACAAUGAUGCCAAAUGCAUUUGUACAGGGUAUCUGUCUAUUAAUUUUCUGGUCUGCUGUAAAAGGAGUUGAAUUUUACAAUUUCUUUAUUACGGAUAUAGAGUGCAUCGAUGGAAACGUUAGUGUAACCAUGAUAUGCAAUGUGAAUAAUACCAGAAAUGGGAUCAAAAUUUGUAGAAAUAACCAGGAAAUAGCAUAUUGUACAACAUACUAUUUAGUUUCAAUAAUUGCGUGCACAAACACCAGUCAACAGUAUGAAAUCACUAAUCUAACAAUAGUUAAUGACUCAAUGAUUUACCGAAUCGAAUCAGCACCGAUAGACAAUCUCAUUGGAAAAUGGGUAUGCCAAAAUGGAGGAUCAAAUGAUCCGAGUUGGAGUUUAUCAUUUCCUAAUAUAACAUGUCCACCGAAAAACAAUCCGGCGCCAAAAUGUGAUCAUGAUAAUGACAUGGUAGAAAAGAAGCGUGUUGCAGACAUAUUUAUGAUGCUGGCACCUUUGAUUGGUUGUGGCUUUUUAACAUACAAAACUAUACCUGCUAAACACAAAGUGAUUCGAGGGCUGUGUCUACUCGGCUUCAGUAUAUACUUUGUAAUGUAUAUACUACUUAUUGCACUUGACAUGAGUUUGGGUGUAACAAUUGCUCUAACGGUUGUUUGCUGUCUUAUAGGCAUCAUCUUCGUUAUAUUUGUAAUACGGAAAAGAAAAUAGUGUACGUAUAUAACAUGUAUAAGAUAAAAAAGUGAUAACAAAAGGAAAGAGGACAAAAUAUAAAAAAAAAUUUAAACUAUUAAACUAUGUGAACCUUAUUCUACCAAAAAAAAGAUGUAAAACUUUUAAUGAAUUGUAAUGUCUUGAUUUAAUUAAAAUUUCAUUUAGCCCGCUUUGAA